AUGUCUCUUCUCUUCUUGAUCAUUGUUGCUAUUGUGAUUGUUGCAUUGUUUUUUACCAUCUUUAGACCCAAGGAUCCUAACAUCAUUGUCCACCCCGUUGGCUUCGAAAACUUUAACCCUUCCCUCUUAACCAAUGUGACCGCGAAUGUGAGCCUCGGCAUGCUUAUCACUAUCGAGAAUUCAAACUAUGAAAACUUUGAGUACCCAAAUGCCACUGGUUAUAUCAAAUUCCAUGACACCGUUGUGGGCCAAGUUCCAAUUGUGGGAGAGUUGGUCCCACCGCGAAGCCAGAUUAAUGUGAACACUUCGGCAAAUUUCAUGGUAGCAAAGUUAAUCAAUGACCCCAAUUUUUUGUCAGAUUUUCUAAGUGGAAUUGUGAAUUUCACAUCAACAGCUUCACUGCCCGGGAAAGCGCAUAUGCUAAAGAUUAUCAAAUUCAAGGCCACAGUUUAUAGCUCGUGUGACAUCUCUCUUAAUAUAACCUCUAGGAAUGUUGAUUCCAAAUGCAUAUCCAAGAUCAAGCUUUGA